AUGUUUCCUCGUUUCCUACACAUCAUCGCGGCAUAUUGCCAUCAAAAUCCCACGUCAUUUCGCCUGGCAACGGCUGCCAUUGUGCUUGCAUUAGUUACUUGGGCGGUUCUCGAAUUCUUCAAGCCCCUGGGGAAGCGGACGGCAAAGAACGGAACCAAGCCCAGACUACCCCCUGGACCCCCUGGAGUUCCCUUGCUAGGUUCCCUCUGGAACUUCAUAACACAGGAUGGUGACUCCAUAAAAUUAAUGCCACAACAGCUGAGUGACUUGGCGAGGUACGGAGAGAUGACGACGUUGCAUCUUGGGUCAAAAACUUGGGUUUUGCUCAAUACCCACCGCGUCACAAAUGAAAUUAUCGCCAAAAGAGGCAGCCAGACCAAUACCAGGUCCCCUAUGCCAGUGUCAAGCGGCCUUGUCAGUCAGGAUAGGCGGUCUUUGCUUCUUCCCCAGGAGCAGUGGACGGAGCGCCGCCGCGUGAUGCAUGGGCUCCUGAACGGCACAGCGCUUAGACAAUAUGGGGAAUGGCAGGAGCAAGAAAGCACCCACAUGAUGGCUGAGUACGUGUUCAGGCCUGAGAAAUGGUACCGCCACCACUACCGCUACGCUAACUCCGUCAUCGUCCGGAUUGCCCUUGGCGAGCGCCCGCACAAGUCCAGUAAGGAACUCGAGGAAAUGCAAGACACAGUCACCUUCUUCGUUGGAAGCAUUGGCAGAAACGUCGUGGAUUGGUUUCCGGACCUGGCCAGGCUGCCUUGGUUCCUCCAGGUAUGGCGUCCAUAUUGGGCCCGGCUCGGUCGAUGGAACUAUGAGCUCUAUAGCAAGUGGUACAAUCCGGUCAAGGAGAAGGUAAUGGAUGGAACGGCACCGGCCUCCUUUGUUCGAGACUACCUCAUGCACCCUGAUACGCGGUUCAAGGCGGACGACGAUGACUUGAUGUACAUUGCCAUGCAGCUGAUCGAGGCUGGUAGCGACACCACUCGCGAGGCGCUCAACAUCAUGGUCAUGGCGGCACUCGAGUUUCCUGAGGUGUUCGCCAAAGCCCGCGCCGAGGUUGACCGCGUCUGUGGCGUCGGUGGAGCGACCAGGUUGCCGGUCCUUGGGGAUAUGGAGUCUCUGCGAUACAUCUGCGCCAUGGGCAAAGAGGAUAUUGAGUUUGAAGGGUAUUACUUCCCUGCCGGCACUGGGUUCGUCAUCAAUGGGCCCGCGGUCUGCGACGAGUGCGAGGACCCUGAUGCCUUCCAGCCUGAGCGGUGGCUGGAUGACCAUGAGACGGACAUUGCUCAUGGACUCUGGCAGUUUGGCGGGGGCCGUCGCAUAUGUGUUGGAUAUAGACUUGCGCAGAGAAGCUUGUUUAUCAAUAUAGCCAGGUUGGUGCAAUGUGUCAACUACAGUCCAAAUGGGCCAUAUGAUCCAAAACAUCUGAACUUGGAAGCGCUGGAUGAGCCAUUCCCGGUGAAGGCAACUAUUCGUGGCGAGGAAUACCAGUCGUUGAUUCUCAAGGAAGCGGAGGAGGCGGAGGUUUUAGACGAGGCGAAGUUCAGUGGAGGGUUAUAA